CUUGGAGAGCUAUGGAACCCGCAGCUCCUGGGCUCGCGUGCUCGACUCUGCGGCUGUGGCUGGGGCUGUUGCUGCUGUGCAGCUGGUGGUACCCUGGGAGCGCCGAGCCGCGGGCCCCGCCGGAGAAGAUCGCGGUUAUCGGAGCUGGAAUUGGUGGCACUUCAGCAGCCUAUUAUCUGCGGCAGAAAUUUGGGAAAGAUGUGAAGAUUGACGUGUUCGAAAAAGGAAAGGUGGGAGGCCGUCUGGCCACCUUGAAUGUGCAGGGGCAAGAAUUUGAGUCAGGAGGUUCUGUCAUCCAUCCUUUAAAUCUGCACAUGAAGCGUUUUGUCAAGGAUCUGGGUCUCUCUGCUGUUCAGAGCCCUAGUGGCCUAGUGGGGGUGUAUAAUGGAGAGACUCUGGUAUAUGAGGAGAGCAGCUGGUUUAUAAUUAACAUGAUUAAACUAAUUUGGCACUAUGGAUUUCAGUCCCUCCGAAUGCACAUGUGGGUAGAGGAUAUAUUAGACAAGUUUAUGAGGAUCUACCGCUACCAGUCUCAUGACUAUGCCUUCAGUAGCGUAGAAAAGUUACUGCAUUCCCUAGGAGGGGACGACUAUCUUGGAUUAUUUAACCGGUCACUUCUUGAAACCUUGCAGAAAGCAGGCUUCUCUGAGAAGUUCCUUGAUGAAAUUAUUACUCCCGUCAUGAGGGUAAAUUAUGGCCAAACCACAAACAUCAAUGGCUUUGUAGGGGCAGUGUCAAUGUCCGGUACUGAUCCUGGCCUUUGGGCAGUAAAAGGCGGCAAUAAACUUGUUUGCUCAAGGCUCCUUCAGGCUUCCAGAAGCAAUCUUGUAUCAGGCUUAGUAAUGUCCAUAGAGGAGAAAACAAGGACCAAGCAGACAGGAAAUCCCUCAAAGGUGUAUGAAGUGGUCUACCAAACUGGAUCUGAGACUCAUUCAGACUUCUAUGACAUCGUCCUGGUGGCCACUCCAUUGAAUCGGAAAAUGUCCAAUAUAAAUUUUCUCAACUUUGAUCCUCCAAUUGAGGAAUUCCAUCAACACUACGAACCUUUAGUGACAACUUUAAUUAAAGGGGAGUUGAAUGCCACUGUCUUUAGCUCUAGAGCCUUAAAUGAGUUUCAUCUUGGUACAGUCUUAACCACUGAUAAUCCAGAUUUAUUCAUUAACAGCAUUGGGCUUGUGUCCCCUGUAGAAGACGACAGUAAUCCUCAGCCAAAAGCAGAUAUAGCACAUGUCUGGAAGAUCUUUUCUGCAGCACCACUUACUAAAGAACAAAUUUUAAAGCUCUUUGUGUCCUACGAUUAUGCUGUGAAACAGUCAUGGCUCGCAUACCCUCAUUAUACGCCUCCAGAGAAAUGCCCCUCCAUCAUACUCCAUGAUCGACUUUAUUACCUCAACGGCAUAGAGUUUGCAGCAAGUGCCAUGGAAAUGAGUGCCAUUGCAGGCUACAAUGCUGCUCUCCUCGCCUAUCACCGCUGGAAUGGGAACACACACAUGAUUGACCAAGAGGACUUAUAUGAGAGACUUAAAACGGAACUAUGAAAUACUACUCUCUCCUUUAUCCCCCUCCUGGUUCCAAAUGGAAUAUCACUGGCAAAAAAAGAAAAAAGAAAACAUAGUCUGAACAGAGAUGAUUUUGAAUCAGAUAUUUCACCAUUAUCAUUUAACAAAAUAAUCCCAGUGAGUCAUGAGAAACGCAAGGUUCUAAUUAAGCAUGAAGGUAAAACUAUCGCAUCUUCAAAAGUGAACUCUUGAAUAUCCCUCAGCAGCAUUUCCCAAACUUGUCUGAUCAUAAGAAUCACCUGGAGUUUGUUAGACAUAUGAAUUCUCUAGCUCCUCUGGAGGUUCUGAUUUAAUAGGUCUGGGAUGGGCCCUGGAUUUUGAACAAAACUUUAAAGCAUUUUAAGCUGAGCCCUUCAGGAAGACUUACCUUUUAGUUCAGGACUAGUUCAUCUGCGUUUCACAGUUGGAUGUGAUCUUCAUUCAGGUAAAAUUUACCAUGGGAACUGGUAUCUUAUGCCUGGCUUUAGUAACUUACAUUUUGCAAAGGACAAAUGCCCAUGCUUGAAGCCUUGACUUUCAGAAUGUUCUUUUGAUUGCUUCUGUCUCUAUUUCAUUAGGGGUGAAGUUCAGGAGUCUUAGCGUAGUAUAAGGAUGUCACACAAAAAUCUCAAGUAAAAUGAAAAGCAAGUAUAGGCUAUUGAUUUAAGAAAUUUCUUAAAUUUGUCUUCUAUUAUCAAACCCUCACCUGAGGAGCUUUGAAAAAUGGUGAUAGAGCCCCACAACAGAGAUUAGUUUAAUGGACUGAGGAUAGGACCUCAGCUUUUUGUAGCUUCUUAGAGUUCCUAAUGUACAACUGCCUCCCUGGUGGCUCAGAGGUUAAAGCAUCUGCCUGCACUGCGGGAGACCUGUGUUUGAUCCCUGGGUUGGGAAGAUCUCCUGGAGAAGGACAUGGCAACCCACUCCAGUAUUCUUGCCUGGAGAAUCCCAUGGACGGAGGAGCCUGGUGGGCUAUAGUCCACAGGGCCGCAAAGAGUCUGACAACUGGGGUUUAGAGUCACUGAUGGGGGCGGUUUAUGAUGUUUUCAAAGGGUUUUUAGUGCCUUAAAGUCCCGAGAAACCCAGUCCAUUAUCAAAGCAAAUCCAUGUUGCAAAGGAUUUCUCAGUGAGAACUCUAGUAGUCUUGGUAGUAGGAAGCAUCGACAGUCUCACAGCAGAGGCGACUUAGAUGACUCUAGAGCCUCUGGCACUAGAAUAUAUUCAGUGACCCCACACUUGAUGAGAUCCAGUUUGUGUUCAAACUGUUAAAUGCUUCUGAAGGUACUGUAGCAUUUUGAUUGAGAAAUAGGUUGUUGAAAUCUUGUUUUGAGGUGGUGUUUCAGCUAUACAUUGCAAUCACCUGUAGGACUGCUUCCUGAAUGAUUCCAGGAUGUAGCCAAGAGACCCGAUUCUCCACCUGUACAAGGAUCAUGAGUGUUCUUAUAGUCACUGGAAAGGACAAAACAAGUAAAAACUUGUGAAUUCUAAAAGUAACUGAACUGCAACCAAGUUAACAUAUAUUGUCUUUUUUAAAAAGUCCUCCUCCGGAUUAUAGCAGUUGCUCCUUUUAGCAAAAAGAACAUUGAUUCUUAAAGUGAUUUAUUCUCUACAAUUGUGAAUAUGUUGAUAAAACUGCCAAGAUAUUUGAUGUAGAGGCAGGAAUUUAUAGUUUGUCAGAGUUAGCUUUUUACUAUUUUUAUUCUUAAGUAUGUUAAGAGGCAUUCCUUUUUUCCUUUUGUGGUUUUAAAGAAGACAGUAUGUAGAGUAUAGCACUGUUGUGUAUAUGAUAAAAGUGGGUGAAUUCUAGUGGAAUAAUCUCUAACAUCUGUAGACUUGUUUUGCAGUGGCAAAUAAUUUUAGAACACCAGUUUUAAAUACUGCUGAUAUAUCAAACCCAACUCUGAUUGUUUUCCAGUGAGGCAUCUGAAGUUGUUAAAGAGCAAAAAGGUUAUCCAUAUAGUAAGCAUAUUAAUUUUAAUGCAACUAACAGAAUUCAAGAUUUAAUUGGAAGAAGGCCCUGUCAGGGCCCACUAUCCCAGGAGGCUACUCAAGUGAAAUUUUUACAGAAGAGACUGGAAAAGAUUAUGCAAGUCCUGCUCCAGUGUUACUGGAAGGCUUGUUAAAACAUGGCUAGCUUCACCCCUAGAGUGUUGCAGUAGGUGUGGAGUAGCAUACGAAAGAUUGCAUUUCUGUUAUGGUCCUACGUGAUGCUGCCAGUUAGGAGCCACACUUAGAAAUUCUACCAGUUCUAAAAUUCAACUUUAUGUGGCUGCAGUGUUAGGGAAGGUUUAAAGGGGAGAAUGGAAAAAUAAAAAUGUAUGGCCUUCACAUCAACUGUAGUUUGAUCCCUCUAGCUAUAUUUUUUCUGUAAACAUUUCCGAUAAAUAGGGAAUACCAUUUUACAUACUUGUCUGUAAGUACCUCACAUACUGUGUGUACCCCACUCUCUAGUUUUAAAGUGAUUCAUGAUUUGUACGCUAUCAGAUCACAAAAAUAAAUUUAAGCAUUUGCUUCAUAGAUUUUUUUAAAAGUUAGGUUUAUGAUCCAUGUCUGUGAUAUUCUCUCUCACUGGAGUUUGCACCGUAAAACUUACAAACUAGGUGAGUAUAUUAUGGGCAGCAUUAUCACCAUCUUCUACCCCACAAAGAACCACAAUGCACUGGAAUGUUUUCCUCUGGAAUUGUAUUUCUAUUCUUGUAUUCAAAAUUUUUUCCCACUUAUGUUCAAAAUAAAACAAUGAC